AUAUUAGAAAUGUUGCAAUAACAAUAUCAGGGUCUAGCGCUAAUGAUAAUGAGUAGAGCUCUGUAAGGCCUCAAUGUUAGUAUGUACUCUGUGGCAUGGUCUACACAUUGGCACACUCCCUGGAACCUGAUAUGGGUUGCCAGGUCAGCAGACAGAUUCACAGCCCAGGCUCCUCUGCCUCUUUAACUGUGUGGACUGUUACUACAAAUGGACGCUUUGGCUGUUCCAACAGACAGGGGGAAAGGCUGGUACAUUUCCCUAAUGGCACCAAACACCAGAGGACCAACUUUUGCCUGGUUGGACCCAUCAAGACUCUACUGUAAUUCCCAGGUUCUAGUGAUAUACCUUUAAUUUCUUGGUCCAUUUAUCCAAAGAAGGCUCUGUCAGAUUGUGUGAAGGACCUUCUCUAUCCAUUCCAGAAGGAGGCCAUUGACCUGGUAAUGGGUAUAGAUGCAAUGGGAUUCAUCCUCGGAUCGGCUGUGGCCACCACCCUUGGAAAGGGCUUUCUGGCUAUCUGCAAAGCAGGACACCUGUGCAUACAAACCCAGAGCCAAGAGUACAGUGACUACUCAGACAGAGAGAAGAUGGUGGCGGUUCGCCUGGAUGUGUUAAGGCCAGGGCUCCAGGUGCUGAUAGUGGACCAGUGGAUAGAGACCGGAGGAACCAUGAAGGCUGCUAUCAAACUGGUGGAGCGACAGGGAGCGACUGUUGUAGGUGUUGCUGCUGUGGCCAUUGAGAACAGCGAGGGAGUGACCAGUCCCAUGAUCGCCAAAGUAAGCACGGGGAGUUGGCUCAGGUCUCCAACCUGACUCUGCCACACUUCCCGUGUGCCCCCCAAAUUUUGGGGGGGGCGGCUGCCUCUCGGGCUUCCUUGCCAGCCGUGUUCCCUCGUAUCGCCGGUUCCCUUUUCCUGCUGCCUCCGCUCUCCUGGCUGUUCCCAUGGGAGGCGAUCCCUUCCAGCCAGGAUCUCCUCACAUGUGUAUGAUCCCUUGCCGUCUAGAAUGUCCUCCCAUGUCCAGUCCUCUUUUCCACGCUGCUUGGUCCUUUGGUGGUGGGUAGUUCUGUAA